UAUGUUUCAAGUAUUUGUUAAAGUUGUAAUGUGCUUUAAGAACCAUUGUGCUUAAAUCAUAAGUGCAAAAUGAUCUAAUCAUUUGUAUAGUAUCUUUAACUUUCCUUUUCAGACAUUAUUUUAUAAAGCGACAUCUUACAUUUUGUAUAAACGAAAACAGAAUUAACGUAGUAUGUAUUUACUCACAUAUCCGAAUUUUACAAAAUACUGAACCGAUCGACAUAAAAUCCAGUGAAAUGGAGUUAUUUGACAGCAAUAAGAAAAUUGUAAUUGUUGUAUGUAGAUUUUGACUAUAACAUAACGACAAACACCUCGAGUAUUUUAAACUUACAAAGAUGGAUUGUGAGAAUAAUAAAAGUACCGUUGAUACGGUCCAAGUGGCUCUGAGAAUUAGGCCCUUAAUGCACGAAGAAAUAAAACGUGGAUGCGAUGAAUGUAUAUCUGUCGUUACUGGGGAGCCCCAAGUUCAAAUAAAAGACCUUGCAUUCACAUACAAUUAUGUAUUUCCACAACAUAUCACACAACAAGAGUUUUACGAUACUGCAGUAAAAGGACUUAUUGAAAAAAUAUUUCAAGGAUACAAUGUAACAAUAUUAGCUUAUGGACAAACUGGAUCGGGAAAAACAUACACAAUGGGAACAAAUUAUUCAGGCGAAGGUGAUUCAACAAAGUUAGGUAUAAUACCACUGGCAGUUGCCGAUAUAUUUGACUUCAUAGAUGUGAAUGAGACCAAGUUCAGUUUCAAAGUGACAGUUUCAUUCAUGGAGCUAUAUCAGGAGCAGUGCUACGACCUGCUCUCGGGCAAGGAGCGCGCACACAGCAUCAUUGACAUCAGAGAGGAUAUCAACAAAGGUGUACACUUGCCAGGUAUCACAGAGCUACCGGUAACCUCUACUGCGGAGACAAUGAGUGUGUUGGAGAAGGGUUCCAUUGGCAGAGUGACGGGAUCCACUGCUAUGAACCAAGCAUCCAGCAGAAGUCAUGCUGUCUUCACUAUUGUGGUCGCUAAAGAGAGUAAGACUGACAAAAACCUUGCAACUACUUCGAAAUUUCACUUUGUGGAUUUAGCUGGAUCAGAGAGAGUUAAAAAGACUAAGGCAAGUGGUGAAAGACUUAAAGAAGGUGUAAAGAUAAACCAAGGUCUGCUGGCGCUGGGCAACGUGAUAUCUGCGCUGGGCGACGGCACCAACAGGAGCUUCAUCAGCUACAGAGACAGCAAGCUGACGAGGUUGCUGCAAGACAGCCUGGGCGGCAACUCGCUGACGAUGAUGGUGGCGUGCGUGAGCCCCGCCGACUACAACCUGGACGAGACGGUGUCGACGCUGCGCUACGCGGACCGCGCGCGCCGCAUCCGCAACAAGCCCGUCAUCAACCAGGACGCCAAGGCCGCGGAGAUCAUCAGAUUAAACAACUUGGUGAAUGAACUGAGACUUCAGCUGGUAGGAAAACUGCCGACCAUCACUGAACAUGGUGAUGAGCAUAUAAAAGAAGAAUUAGAAACGGAAAAAGCAAAAUAUGCGGAUCUUUUGAAGAAGCACAAGCAAAUGACUGAGCAUCUUAGCAAUGUGUUGAUAGAGAACACGAAUUUAUGUGAAAAGGCGCUACUGGCGGAAACUGCUAAAGAUAAGAUAGAAAGAAAGUUAAAUGAACUGACAGAACAAUGCAAUCAAACUAUAGAUAAUUUGAAUACAACUGACAAAGUCCCUGAUGAUGAACAAAAGACGAGUGUUGUUGAUUAUCUUAAAGAAAUAAAGGGACGGUUAGAGGAUUUACAAUUCGUUAAUAUGAAGACUAAUGAAGAACUAAUUGACCAUGAGAUUAAACUAUCUUAUAUUAAAGAAGAGAAUGACAGUGAGAAAGUGGAUGAUGGAGUCCCACUAAAUGAAGAUCAAGCUGCCAUAGAGGAGGAGAAACGAGCAAUGGGACAGGUGGCAUUGAAUCAAGAAUUGCAAGAGUUAAAUCGAGCUAUGGCUAUCAAAGCUUCUGUAGUUCAAGCUAUAUUGGCUAGUAAUAAAGAUGUUAUAGAAAGCCACAAUAACUUAAAAGAAAAUGAGGAGAAGAUUAAUCAACUAGAGAAGGAAAGAGACGAACUCAUGCAGCAGCUGAAACAGACUAAGACAAGGAACUCUACACAAGAUGACCUUCGUACCAAGCUGUCCACCUUGGAGACGGAGAUAUCUGAUCUGAAGAAGAAAUGCCAACAGCUUGCAAACAUCAUCAAAAUAAAGGAAAAGAACGAAGCCAAGAUCGCCAUACUUAAUGCUGAAUUGCAAGCUAUGAAAGCUAAUAAGGUUAAAAUAAUAAGACAAAUGCGUGAAGAGAGUGAAAAAUUCCGCAAAUGGAAGGCUGAUAACGAGCGAACAAUGCUGCGUCUACGUAAUGAAGACAGGAAACGUGCCAACGCGAUGGCGAAGAUGGAGUGUCUGCACGCGAAGCAGCGCAACGUGCUCAAGCGCAAGAUGGAGGAGGCCGUCGCCGUCAACAAGCGCCUCAAGGAAGCUCUGGACAGACAGAAACAAUCAAACAUGAAACGCAACGCCAAAGGAAUUGUCAAAACUGGCGCCAUCCAGCAGUACAUUGAACAGGAACUUGAAGUACAUCUCAGUAUUGUGGAAGCUGAGAAAUCGCUAAAUGAACUAAUGGAAUACAGAGCGUGGGUGACAGAACAGAUAGCGGUAUUCAAGAACAAUCCAGAGGAUGAGGGCAACAGAGAGAAGUUGGCGGAGCUGGAGAACGACCUUGCGCUGCGCAAGGCGCAGAUAUCCGAUCUGCAGCAGAAGAUGUUAAUUGCUGAUCAAGAAAAUAAGACCCGCACUCAGUGGGAUAACAUACAGUCGAUGAUCGAAGCUAAGGCGGCGCUAAAAUGUCUAUUCGAGUUGUUGGUGGAUACGAAGAGAGAUUUACAGAACAAGAGUGAGAAGGGAUACCAGUCCAGAUACGAGGAGGUGAAAGAGAAGUAUGACAGACUGGUCGUAGAGUUUGAGAACAGGAAGACUGAGCUUGAGGCUCAAUUAGUUAAAGUAAAACAGCAGUGUGAAGAGAAGGUGAGUUUCUUGCUGGCGUUGCAACGCGGCGUGUCGGUGCGCGGGGAGAAGAGCGAGGCGUGCAAGCAGCUGCAGGCCGUCAUACAGUACCAGCAGGACCGCCUCGACCACCUCGAGAUUGAAAACAAAAAGUUAUCGGAUGAACUAGAGGAGCUGCAGUCGUUGUAUGUGAAUGGCAAGCGGCAGAAGAAGCAGCACGUGUACCCUGUCGCUGAUGAUGACGUCGACUCGGAGAAGGACCCCGACUGGGUCGCCACGCCAUUGUUCAAACGGAUACAAGCUCAACGGUCUCGACUUAAAAUGAACUGGUCAGUGAACGACGCGGAGACAGCGCGCGCUACCAAACGUAACUACGAAGGUGUCCCGCACUGCGCCUGCCGCGGCUCCUGCUCCACCAAGAUCUGCGGCUGCGUGAAGAGCGGCGUCGGCUGCGGCGCCGUCUGCCGCUGCCAGCACGCGCUCUGCAAGAACCGCAACCACACGCUCGCCGACGACAAGGAGAACCAGAAUUCAAGUCCCGAAAACACAGAUAUGAACAUCACCCCGCCGUCGUACUUUGAUAACCGGGAUAGUCUGGAAGCCACAUAUGUCAAGAAAAAGAAGUGUUUUUUCUUCCCUGACGAACAGAACGAAAUUAAUAAAGACUGAUGACAAGAAGACUGUAAUGUAAAAAUUAAUUUAUUCUUUUUAUUUUAAGCAUUAACUUCAUGGAAAAAUAUAAUUGAAGUUUUUAU